AUGGCGGCGCUGGUUGACUUACACCAGAAUCCCAGUUCGGUGGAUCACCAGUUCCAGAUUCCCAGUUGGGUGAAUCCCAAACACCAGAUCCCCAGUUUGGUGUAUCACCAGUUUCAGAAUCCCAGUUCAGUGAAUCCCAAACACCAGAUUCCCAGUUGGGUGAAUCCCAAACUACAGAUCCCCAGUUUGGUGUAUCACCAGUUUCAGAAUCCCAGUUCAGUGAAUCCCAAACACCAGAAUCCCAGUUCGGUGGAUCACCAGUUCCAGAUUCCCAAUUCCCAGUUGGGUGAAACCCAAACACCAGAAUCCCAGUUCGGUGGAUCACCAGUUCCAGAUUCCCAGUUGGGUGAAUCCCAAACUCCAGAUUCUAGUUGUGAAUCAAACUACAGAUCCCCAGUUUGGUUUUCAGAAUCCCAGUUCAGUGAAUCCCAAACACCAGAAUCCCAGUUCGGUGGAUCACCAGUUCCAGAUUCCCAGUUGGGUGAAUCACAAACACCAGAUUCCCAGUUGGGUGAAUCCCAAACACCAGAUCCCCAGUUUGGUGUAUCACCAGUUUCAGAAUCCCAGUUCAGUGAAUCCCAAACACCAGAUUCCCAGUUGGGUGAAUCCCAAACUACAGAUCUCCAGUUUGGUGUAUCACCAGUUUCAGAAUCCCAGUUCGGUGAAUCCCAAACACCAGAUUCCCAGUUGGGUGAAUCCCAAACUACAGAUCCCCAGUUUGGUGUAUCACCAGUUUCAGAAUCCCAGUUCAGUGAAUCCCAAACACCAGAAUCCCAGUUGGGUGAAUCCCAAACUACAGAUCCCCAGUUUGGUGUAUCACCAGCUUCAGAAUCCCAGUUCAGUGAAUCCCAAACACCAGAAUCCCAGUUUGGUGGAUCACCAGUUCCAGAUUCCCAGUUAGGUGAAUCCCAAACUACAGAUCCCCAGUUUGGUGUAUCACCAGUUUCAGAAUCCCAGUUCAGUGAAUCCCAAACACCAGAUUCCCAGUUGGGUGAAUCCCAAACUACAGAUCCCCAGUUUGGUGUAUCACCAGUUUCAGAAUCCCAGUUUAGUGAAUCCCAAACACCAGAUUCCCAGUUGGGUGAAUCCCAAACACCAGAUCCCCAGUUUGGUGUAUCACCAGUUUCAGAAUCCCAGUUCAGUGAAUCCCAAACACCAGAUUCCCAGUUGGGUGAAUCCCAAACUACAGAUCCCCAGUUUGGUGUAUCACCAGUUUCAGAAUCCCAGUUCAUUUCAGAAUCCCAGUUCAGUGAAUCCCAAACACCAGAUUCUCCCAGUUGGGUGAACCCAAACUACAGAUCCCCAGCUCUGGUGUAUCACCAGUUUCAGAAUCCCAGUUCAGUGAAUCCCAAACACCAGAUUCCCAGUUGGGUGAAUCCCAAACACCAGAUCCCCAGUUUGGUGUAUCACCAGUUUCAGAAUCCCAGUUCAGUCAUUCCCAAAGACCAGAAUCCCAGUUCGGUGGAUCACCAGUUCCAGAUUCCCAGUUGGGUGAAUCCCAAACUACAGAUCUCCACUUCCAGAAUCCCAGUUCAGUCAUUCCCUAAAGACCAGAAUCUCAGUUCGGUGGAUCACCAGUUCCACAUUCCCAGUUGGGUGGAUCCCAAACACCAGAUCCCCAGUUUGGUGUAUCACCAGUUUCAGAAACCAAGUUCAGUGAAUCCCAAACACCAGAAUCCCAGUUCGGUGGAUCACCAGUUCCAGAUUCCCAGUUGGGUGAAUCCCAAACUCCAGAUCCCCAGUUUGGUGUAUCACCAGUUUCAGAAUCCCAGUUCAGUGAAUCCCAAACACCAGAAUCCCAGUUCGGUGGAUCACCAGUUCCAGAUUCCCAGUUGGCUUCCAGAAUCCCAGUUCAGAAUCCCAACACCAGAUUCUAAAGGUGAACUCCCCAACCAAACAGAUCCCCAGCUGGGUGUAUCACCAGUUUCAGAAUCCCAGUUCAGUGAAUCCCAAACACCAGAUCCCCAGUUUGGUGUAUCACCAGUUUCUGAAACCAAGUUCAGUGAAUCCCAAACACCAGAAUCCCAGUUCGGUGGAUCACCAGUUCCAGAUUCCCAGUUGGGUGAAUCCCAAACUCCAGAUCCCCAGUUUGGUGUAUCACCAGUUUCAGAAUCCCAGUUCAGUGAAUCCCAAACACCAGAUUCCCAGUUGGGUGAAUCCCAAACUACAGAUCCCCAGUUUGGUGUAUCACCAGUUUCAGAAUCCCAGUUUAGUGAAUCCCAAACACCAGAUUCCCAGUUGGGUGAAUCCCAAACACCAGAUCCCCAGUUUGGUGUAUCACCAGUUUCAGAAUCCCAGUUCAGUGAAUCCCAAACACCAGAUUCCCAGUUGGGUGAAUCCCAAACUACAGAUCCCCAGUUUGGUGUAUCACCAGUUCCAGAAUCCCAGUUCAGUGAAUCCCAAACACCAGAUUCCCAGUUCGGUGUAUCACCAGUUUCAGAAUCCCAGAUCAGUGAAUCUCAAACACCAGAAUCCCAGUUCGGUGGAUCCCCAGUUCUCGAAUCCCAGUUCGGUGAAUCCCAAACACCAGAAUCCCAGUUCGGUGGAUCACCAGUUCCAGAAUCCCAGUUUGGUGAAUCCCAAACACCAGAAUCCCAGUUCGGUGGAUCACCAGUUCCAGAAUCCCAGUUCGGUGGAUCCCAAACACCAGAAUCCCAGUUUGGUGAAUCCCAAACACCAGAAUCCCAGUUUGGUGAAUCCCAAACACCAGAAUCCCAGUUCAAUGAAUCCCAAACACCAGAAUCCCAGUUCGGUGGAUCACCAGUUCCAGAAUCCCAGUUCGGUGGAUCCCAAACACCAGAAACCCAGUUCGAUGGAUCCCCAGUUCAAGAAUCCCAGUUCGGUGGAUCCCAAACACCAGAAUCCCAGUUCGGUGGAUCCCAAACACCAGAUUCCCAGUUCGGUGAAUCCCAAACACCAGAAUCCCAGUUCGGUGGAUCCCAAGUUCAAGAAUUCCAGUUCGGUGGAUCACAAACACCAGAUUCCCAGUUCGGUGGAUCCCCAGUUCAAGAAUCCCAGUUCGGUGGAUCACAAACACCAGAAUCCCAGUUCGGUGGAUCCCCAGUUCAAGAAUCACAGUUCGGUGGAUCACAAACACCAGAAUCCCAGUUCGGUGAUCCCCCAGUUCAAGAAUCACAGUUCGGUGGAUCCCAAACUCCAGAAUCCCAGUUCGGUGGAUCCCAAACACCAGAUUCCCAGUUCGGUGAAUCCCAAACACCAGAAUCCCAGUUCGGUGGAUCCCCAGUUCAAGAAUCCCAGUUCGGUGGAUCACAAACACCAGAUUCCCAGUUCGGUGGAUCCUCAGUUCCAGAAUUCCAGUUCGGUGGAUCACAAACACCAGAAUCCCAGUUCGGUGGAUCCCCAGUUCAAGAAUCCCAGUUCGGUGGAUCACAAACACCAGAAUCGCAGUUCGGUGGAUCCCCAGUUCAAGAAUCACAGUUCGGUGGAUCCACCAGAAUCCCAGUUCGGUGGAUCGUCGUCCUUAGAGGCCCAGUUCAGUGCCUCAUCAGUACCCGGGUACCUGUACUCUGCCCCGCUGCUGUCUAA